GCGGCCGGGCCGCGGCCAUGGAGGGGGCGGCGGGCGGGCAGCGGGCGCUGCUCCGGCAGGUUCUGGGUUGGCGAGUGGCCGCCGCCGUGACCUGGUCCGUGCUGCUGCUGCCCCUCUGCACCGCGGCCUUCAUCGUGCUCAGCGGCCUCGACCCGUUCCACCCGGUGCGCUGGAUCUCCAAUUCUUUCAAUGAUUUGUAUACCUCUUAUGUCAUCUUUUGUAUCUUCCUGAUGUCUGUGGUGAUAAUAGUAAUAAGCAUCUUCAACGUUGAAUUUUAUGCAGUGGUGCCAUCGAUACCAUGCUCUCGAUUAGCACUGAUAGGGAAAAUUAUUCACCCUCAGCAAGUGAUCCAUUCCUUUGUUCAUGCUAUCAUGGGAAUGCUGGUUGCUUGGUGUGCUACAGUCAUGACAAAAGGGAGGUUCCAGUUCCUUGCUGUGUCCUGCACACCUUCAGAAAGCCUAGAAGAUGCUGUUCCUCAGAUGUGCCUAAAUGAGUAUCACCUCUUCUUUCUUCUUUCUGGAGCUUUCUUGGGAUACAGCUACAGCCUUUUCUUUCUUAUUAACAACAUGAAUUAUUUGCCAUUUCCAAUCAUACAGCAAUACAAGUAUUUACGUUUCAGAAGAUCUUUGCCUCUGCUGAUAAAACACAGUUGUGUGGAAUCACUAUAUUUUGUUAGAAACUUCUGUGUCACAUAUUACUUUUUUGGUUAUAUCCCAAAGGUAUGGAUAUGUACCACGAUGGGUCUUCAUACAGACAGUAAAUUACAUCCUCUUGACAGCCUGAGUGGCUUAUUGGAUCUCUCCUUGUUUUACCAUACCUGGCUGAGUGGUGUGUUCCUUCUGAUGACCUGGUACAUUGCUUGGCUGCUCUUCAAAAUCUAUGCCACAGAGAGCCAUCAUUUUCCCAUUCAACCAACAUUUGCUCAGGAGACAGACCAGUGCCUGCCUAAAAUCUUAAACAGCAAUCCUCCCCUCCUUAUAAAGUUUUUAGCCUUGCAAGACUUGAUGUUACUUUCUCAGUAUUCUCCUGUUCGCCGACAGGAAGUCUUUAGCCUCAGUCAGCCAGGUGGGCACCCACACAACUGGACUGCAAUAUCCCGGGAGUGUUUGAGUCUCCUCAGUGACCUGACUCAGAGGCUGAUUGCACAGCAGGAAGCAGCAGCAGCAAAUGGGAGAGCAAAGCCACCAGUGGGAGAGCUGAAAGUACCUCCACAGACUCCAGGAGCUGCUGGGAUAGAAGAUAUGUCAUUCCAGUCACAGAGGUCCAACAUUGUUCUCAGAGCCUCCAUGUCUCCCCUGGUUAAGCCAUCCCUGAUGCCUGUGAAGACAUCUCCUGGCUCUGAUGUUGGUUCACCUUUCAGCUCUCCUGCUUUAAGUUACAAGAUGGGAGUUGUGGAUGUAAAGUCUCCUUGGCAUGGAACAGUCCAAACUCCCCAUGUCACGAGGAGGGGACCAAAGCUGUGGACGUCGGUUUCAGAUCAGCAAAUGAAUGGUUCCCACCAUGAACCCUCCCCAGUGCUCCCUGCUGCAAGAACUGGGAGUGAGGCAGUGCAGCCAAGAUUUAUUUACACAUGGCUUCAGAACAAGCAAGAACAGAUAAAAAACUUCUUGUCCAAACGGGCGUUGAUAAUGUAUUUCUUCAGCAAGCACCCAGAAGCCUCCAUCCAGGCUGUUUUCUGUGAUGCCCAAAUGCACAUCUGGGCUUUGGAAGGUCUGUCUCACUUGGUAGCAGCCUCCUUCACUGAAGACCAGUUUGGAGUUGUCCAAACUACACUGCCAGCUAUCUUGAAUACAUUACUGACUCUUCAGGAGGUCGUAGACAGACAUUUCAAACUGCCACAUGUUUCUAGCAAACCUCCCCGGAUUUCAGGGAGCCUGGUGGACACAUCCUACAAAACACUACGAUUUGCACUUAGAGCAUCUCUGAAAACAGCCCUCUACAGGAUAACUACUGUCUUUGGAGAACACUUGAAUGCUGUACAAGUGUCUACAGAACAUAAGAAAAGACUUCAGCAAUUCCUGGACUACAAAGAAUAAAUUUUGAUGCAGCUGCAGUUGGUUUUUUCCAAGACUUUUGCUAAGAAGAAAGUGGGACUAAUGAAGCUUUUUACUUUGGCUUUUUGGAAAAGCAUAUGGAAGUAUAAGUUGCAGAACAAAACUUUGAGAACUGUAGAAGAGUUCUUAUGGGUUUGGAUCAUUUUUUGUACAAUAAAACUUGUAAAAUUCAUCUUGCCUUCUUUUAAUAUCACUUACAAAUGAGAAAGUGCCAGUUCUUCUUUCUAGGUAAGACUAUGACAUUUAAGAUUGCCAGAGUUAUUUUGACACUCAGAUCUUUCAUUAUUUUUCACACUGUGUUCUUUCCCUACUCUCUUCUGUUAAGGGGCUGAGGAGAGAUUCACAUAGAUACUUAGUGCUUAAGUGCUUCAUAAAUUUAGUUGAUAACACUUUAAGAUCAAGAGUGGAGUUUAAGUGUAGGAAACAGAUGUGCCCAGGAAUAAAACAUGCUGCUCCUCUGUAAGCUGGAAAUGUUCCUUCAGAGUAAAAUGGGUGUGCAGAAAGGCAUUAUUAGCACACAAAUACUGCCUGGAAAGUGAGCAGCUCAGAUUUUAUCUUUAAGGUGACUUAGCAAACCAAGUUCUGAUCUAUACAGAAACUUACAGGAUACAGUACUGCAUUUAGUAAAACUCCCAAGUAAUGAUACUGGGAAUUAAAGUUUAGAUCAACAGCUUUCUGUUUGGGGGAUAGGAAGGAUGUUUGCAGCACAUCCAAAUUUUUCAAAAUGGUACACAUUAUUGGUAGAUUCUGGUGAAAAAUAUUGCUUUUUUAAAAGCUUUUAAUCUGAAAACCUAUCUAAAAAAUUUGAAAAUUAACUACUCAGUUUUUAAACAGGCUCCAGUUACUGUGAUACCUAUAUUGGAAAAUGUGUGGGGUGUGAAGAUGAGAACAGUAAGCUAAAUGGUCUUGCAAAUGAAUUUAGUUUGAUAAGGGGAAACAAAAAUAUAAUUUUCCUUCAGUGCUGUUAAUUCUAUAGUUCUUAUUGUGUGGUUUUAUGUUUAUUUUUUUUUAACAGAGGACCCAAGAUUUGAGGAUGGCCAUGAUGUUAGUUAUGUUGGUGUGAUGCAGCUGUGUAGUAAUAGGGUGUCUGUAAGGUUUGGGUAAAAGAGAAACCCCUGAAUUUCCAGUGAGAACUGCAUAUUGCUUUCUUCAGUACAGAGAGGUAAUUUUUUGUAGUGCAGACACUGCAGAUGUUAGAUUUGGUAGUUAAAAUGAGAAUUAUAUUGUUCUUUUUGCAUUGAGAUGGCCCAUAGCAAAGGCACUAAGGUGAUAGAUAGCCUUUCACAAUGUUUAAAGGUUAAGCUAAAGCUUCCCCAUGCUUGACUUCUACCACAGGUAGAAGCUUUUUGACUUGUCUGACUUAUUAAAUAAUUUAUUUUGCAUAUUUUUUGGCAUUGCAAUGUGCACCUGAUGCUUUAGCUGGUACCUCAGGUGUAACUGGUAACCCAAAUACUGCAGCUGAAAGUUUCAAAUAAAUUUUCACAGUUUUGAACAGGUGCAGUAUUUUUUUUAUUGCUGUGGUAUUUUCUGCAACACUCCCACAGCCAUAAACUGCAAGUUCUAAUUAAGUGUUACAGUUCUGAACAACAGGCUUAAAAUGUAGAUGACUUUUUGAUGGCAAAGUGGUUGAGCUCUGUCCUUGUGUUGCAGCAGAGAUUUGCACAUAUCUGCUAAUGUGUGUGUGAUUCAAAGCAUUCUCCCUAUGACAGAAAAGCUUUCAAAAGCUGAUUGCUUUGUGGUUUCUUUAACAGCUCCAAUAUUUAAAGAGCUGAAGACUUUUUUUUUUAAGCCUUAACUUAAAAGUGCAUCUUUAACAAUAUCUCAUGCCUGUGAAUCACGGUGUACAA